AUAACGUUCAAACACAACAUGACUCAUUUUUCUGGAACAUUUUUAAACUCAUAAAAACUUUUAUUUCCAGCUCUGAUCACGCAUUAGCCUUAUCUUUAAUGUUAUUACAUGCUUGAAAAAUACGCAAAUGAUAUGAGUAAGCAUUGCGUGACUUGCAUAGUGAAAACACAGUUAAACGCCUUCCUCUGUUUCAUCACAAGAGGGCGACGUUCAACUACCUCGCAAUAGCCGACUCCUCCAACCCAGUUGAACGAUACCUAGAGAUUUAGGAUUACGAACGAAUUGUUUAAAAUGAAUGACAAAAAGCAAAAGUUUUGAAAAUUAUAAUUUGAAAGCGCUAAUCUGUUUGCAGCCGAUUAACUUUACAAAACAAUUUCAGCAAACAAUAAGAGACGUGCCCUUGGAGGAAUUGACUUUAAAUAGGAUGCUUUAAAACGACAAAAAACUCUUCCGUGCUUUAUUAAUGCUUGAAUAUAAAAUUAUUUUUCACCUGCAAACGAAAUGUGUAAAUUAGACAGUACUUCAUGUAGCGCAGCUUGUUUUCCAACCUCUUUUCUCAGACAAAGAACACCUGCUUGUCAUCAAUUCUGACGGCUGCUUUCUGUCUUAAAUGCGUCACAAAUAAUCUGACACACUUACAUAGACAACAUAAUUAUGAUGGUUCUGCAUUUUAAUAGAUUACUUGCCAUUUUUCUUUCGCAUUUGCUUCAUCAAAAGUAAUAGUGACCAAAGUCGGAUGUGUGAGACUCUCUUCAGCAUCACUCAGCAUCAAACUGCAGCCCACUUCAGGCUUUUUUUUUUAUGGUCUGUUUGAUGAUGCUAAUAAACAUGCCAUAUUAAUUUAUUUAUUUAACAACUCAUCGAAAAGAAAAAUGCAGCAAUGAAAGAAAUUAAUGAAUAUUAAUAUGAAUACUGUUGGUUUUUAUGUCCGUUGUAGCUUGCCUUGGUUUUCAGCAACUCGGCUGACAAUUCAAUUAAAUUUACAAAUUAAAUUAAACAUAUUUCAUAUUUGUUAUUUGUAUAGAUGCCUCCACUAUUGCAAUACUUUGACUUUUACUGACGUCCCAAUUGUGCUGGUGACAAACAUGGCUGCUAUCAUAUGCCACGCCCACUACUCCAGUAAUUCUUAAAAUAAUGCAUAAAUCUAAUUUAUAAGAGGGAAUAUUUAUUUUUUUCCACAAGACUACCUAUUACUGAAGAUAUUUACAAUGUGUCAUGACAUGUAAAACUUCAUUUGUGCUUUCAGACUUGCUGCAAAGUUGAAAUAGUGUUUCUAAGGGAGACUCCAACCACCAAGUCCAAAAGGAUGAUAAAAUGUUAAAAAUAUAUAUUUGGUUGAUGUCAAAAUGUGAAAUGACAUAACAUUCUAUUACAAGAGAUGUUAUUUUAUCCACUUUAAUAGCGAAUUUCACUCAGAAAUGAGUCUUUUUACGAAGCCUUUGAAUAUUCAAAUUGAAAGUAUCGCGCAAUCAAAUCAUUGUCAAAUCAUUGAGUUCUUGGGGUUUUAAAUAGUAGGGAUGAGGGGAGAAAAACUCAAACUAAAAUAUCCCUAGCUAUAAUACUGUUUAAUUGUAUGUCAUGAGAGUGUUUUGAGGUUACUUUGUUAAGACUUUUUGAUACUUUUGUGAAUAUUUCGUUCUUGCCCAUAUAAUAGAGCAAAGAACUGACGUUGGGGUAUUUCAUUGUAGCUCUUCCAGAGUUUUCCUCCUUUUCAGGCCAAUAUGUCUGCAGAUAAACCGAAGGUAUACCAGGGUGUGCGUGUGAAGACCACAGUUAAGGAGUUGUUGCAGAAGCACAGAGCCCUGCAGGCACAGAAAACUGCAACGAAAUCACAAGCCAUGGCUGAUCGCGAUGUCUGCUCUACGACCAUGAAUGCCCACCUUGAUGUCUUCUCUGGAAUGCAAGCUCAAGAGCCAUAUUUCCAAAGUCGUCCCUUUACCGAAAAUGUCAACUUACAGAUUGAGAAUGUUUAUGACCAUCAACAGAUGAUGCACAUGAUGCCAUCUGAGACUUUCAGCGACAGCAAUUUCGGGUGUCCCACUUCUUCGCAGUGGUCUAAUGGAUAUCUACCGUCCAAUACGGACAUAUACGGGACAAGCCUGGUAUCAAGGACACCCUCAGACCCCUUCAAUCUCCCUAGUCCAGUCGAUUACAACAGUUAUUCGCCCCCUCAGUCCCACUCUUCAUCUUCCUCGUGCUACAGCUCCCCAACAAGGAUGGAUCUGAGCUCUAGUUUCUCCCCAGAAAGCUACCACUAUCAGCACUGCAACCUCCAGCAUUGCUUUUGCCUGUCGCACUGCUCCGAUAUGCAGGAAGGCAUGGCCACUACAGAGUAUGCGCCCUACGGCUCUUCAGACUGUUUGUUUUCAUACAACGACGACAGUUAUUUCAGGAGGGAUAUCUUAAACCCAGAGAUGUGCUACUUAUAAAAUGCAUUUUUUUCCAAGCACUUUGCGAGAGAAUUCAGUGUCAUAAUUGAUUGAUUUUUCAAUGCAUUUGUUGUAUUAUUUUUGUUUUUGUGUCAAAGAAAAAACAAUGAUAGAAUGCAUGAUUGAGCUUAAAUUUUGAGCAGCAAGGUUGAUUGCAGAGGGCAAAAAGAUGUGUGAGUAUAAUUUACAAAUUAAUCAUUUAUCUUUUGUACAAUAAACAUAUUUUUCGUAUUU